AUGUCAUCUACGCACAGCACAGUGACACCGUUGGAGCACACAGCAAUAGGAGCUCUAGGUGGCACUGUAGAAGUAUGUAUCAUGCAGCCUUUGGUGGGCAUUAAAAAUGCUCUACAAGAGGGGAGACCCAUACCUAAGAAUCCAGCUCACCUGUACCGCGGCCUGCUCAUGAACGUCGUCAGCAUGGCCCCAAUCACAGCCUCUCAGUUUGGGACAAACAGGCUCAUGCAAACCCUGGUGCUUAAGAAGUCUGAAAAUGACUUAACUGGGGUGGAGCGAUUCGGCAGUGCCGCUGUAGCCGGAGCGGUUUCGGCAUUCAUUGCGUCGCCAUCAGAGCUCAUCAUCAUCCAGCAGCAGAUACCCGCGAUUGGACGUGAGAUGCUGUAUGCUGCUGGAUACCUGGGCUUGUUCCCAAUUAUCAAGAAGUCGCUGGACGAAAGGAUGCCGGGCUCCCCGGGGCUGUCUUUGAUGGUUGCGGGUGUCACCGGCGGCGUGUUCGCAGCCGCGUGCUCGCACCCAUUCGACACGUCCAAGACGCGCAUGCAGGCGUUCAUGUACAGCAAGCCCGAGUAUCGCAACCUCCGUAGAACUUUCGCCACUAUUUAUAAGGAGGGUGGCUUGCUGCACUUCUGGAAGGGCCUGUCACCCCGUAUGCUUAGGAUUAUCUGUGCAACCUUCAUCCUCAAUGCGCUUCGCACCCACACUGUGGAGUACCUUGACAAGUCGCGGGCACAGGCGGCGGCGGAGGCCGUUGUGUAA